AUGAGCAAUGUUGAUGAGGUUAUUGCGAAGUUCGCUCAAUUAACUCCUCAAGAAAGGGCAAAAAGGAAGUUGGAGAGCCUUGAAGCUUUGAAGAAAACUUUUAGGAAGCUGGACCAUGAUGUAAAUAUACAAGACUUUUUGGGUGAAAGUGUUCAGUCGGUUGAGGAAUUGAGCAACCACAUGAGGAUAUUGCAAGCGCAGAUUAUGGAAGUACAUAAUAGACUGAGCUUUUGGUGUAAUCCGGAUAAGGUUGACAAUGUUGAACACCUUAGGCAGAUGGAAGAUUCACUAAGAGAAUCCCUUAACCAAAUUCGUAUGCACAAGGAAACUUUUGUAAAGCACCAACUUUUGCCACUGGAUUGCAAUAGCCAGUUUCAGAAUGGGAUGCAUUUGCCUUUGUUAAUGGGGGGUAACCAAGAAGGCCAAUCCCUAUCCUGGCUUCCCAAUAAUGAUGAUCAACACAUAAUACUACCCGAGGAACCGAACUUUCUGCCUCCAAGAGACUUGGAGGGCUCCGGAGGUGCCUGUCUUCCGAGCUAUAUUGGUUUCUUUGGCAAUUGUAAACAGACAGAGAUUGAAAAUACAGGACAUAUUGAUACAAGACAAGAAUGUGGUUCUUUGAAUGAGUUGAAUAAUACUGCAUGCUUGAGACUACAAAUUGACGAGCAAUAUCCAUACCAUUCAUAUGGUAACCUGAAUUUUUCGGAAGUGGAAAAAUUGAAGAGUGAGGCAGACGUGACCUUGCUAGGAAAUCCCUUGGAUUAUCAAGUUCAUAGCAAUUUUGAACUGCCUAGAUCUAUCUACGACCAUGUGCACCAUACUUGGGUCCCUGCACCUGCAUCGGGUCCUUGUCCUAUCACUAUGUUUAAUGAAAACUCAUAUCCAGAGCAAUUAUUGAAGUUAUGGCUGGUAUGUUAUUUUCGAAAAGUGAGUUGAAGUUGGGGUUUAUUAUGGGCGAAGAGGAGGAGAAAAAGAAGCUGCAUGAUAUGAGUACAGAUAUUCUUACCAUGUAUGUACAACUGUGUUGCUGUGCUGUUCUUGCCACUUAUGACAGUUUUGAAGUUAUUGUAUUCCUUUUUGUUUAGAGUUUGUGAUUAUUUUUUUGAGGCAACUUUAAAACAUAUUAGUUUUGCAAAAAUGAAUAUGCUUCAAUUACCUCUUGGUAAAGCUGUAUUCUUAUGAGGAAUGUCCUAUUAGAAUGAGUUGCAGUUUAAUAUUCAUCCUUUCGCAUGAAAGUGACUAACAUGGUUCUAAACAAAAUGGUUAUUAAUUGGUGUUCAUAAUGAGAUAUGAUGUUAUCAAUUUACACGAUUGUUUGAUACUUGUCUGGCAGUUGAACUCAAGUAGAGGUACAUAAAACGAGGCUGUCUCUAUUGAUCAUACUUAUUUGGUUCGAUAGCAAUUUGAUUAACUGAAGAGACUUGUGGUUCAGCUUAUCUAUCAGCAACCAAAUGAACUUCGACCGAAAAUGAUAGCCAAGAUACUACAUUUCCACCCCCCUGUGCACUUUGGCUUGGACUUGAUAGUUGUCUAUGCUCAGAUUCAUUUCCAGUUAUUGCAUGGAAUUGGUGACAUCUUUGGAGGAGGGAGUAUGCUCAUUUCACCACAUACCAUUAUACGUCUCAGAUUUACUUGAUGCAUAUUUGAGUUUCGUCAAUGUAAUUAGAUGCUUUCUGUAUCUUUACUUCGUUACUCAUAGCAUGCUCUUGUAUUCUUCUUUUUCUUUUUCUUUUCUUUUUUUU